GUCACGCGCGGGCCGCGCUCAUAGCGGCGCGGGGGGCGGCGGGGCCGCAGUGGCCGUGCGGGAUGGAGCGAGUCGUGUUGGUGACCGGCGCCAGCGGCGGCGUGGGGCUGGCGCUGUGCCAGCGGCUGCUGGAGGAGGAUGGCCGCAUCCAUCUGUGUAUCGCCUGCCGUAACGCCCAGAAGAGCGAGGCCACGCGAGACCUCCUCCUGGAAGCUCACCCCGCCGCUCAGGUCUCUACGGUGGAAGUGGACCUGGGGAACCUGCUUUCCGUCCUGCGUGUCGCCCAGGAGCUCCGCCACAGGUUUCAGCGCCUGGACUUCAUCUACCUCAAUGCUGGGAUCAUGCCCAACCCACAUGUGAACUUCAAGGCUCUCUGGCACGGUCUCCUCACCGGGAAAGUGCUUCACAUGCUGACCACUGCAGAAGGCAUAAUGACCCAGACGGACAGGCUGAACGGAGAUGGAUUUCAGGAGGUGUUUGCUACCAACCUCUUUGGACACUUUAUCCUGGUCCGUCAGCUGGAGUCGCUGCUCUGCGGUAACGAGAAGCCCUCGCGCCUCAUCUGGACCUCUUCCAGCAAUGCCAGGGAGUCUGCCUUCAGCCUGUCUGACUAUCAGCAUGCCAAGGGGCAGGAAUCAUACAGUUCCUCCAAAUAUGCUACUGACCUGACCAGCGUGAUUCUGAACAGGAAAUUUAAUAAGCAGGGUCUGUAUUCCAGUGUUGUUUGUCCUGGUCUGGUUAUGUCUAACAUGACCUACAGAAUUUUGCCAGUUUUUCUGUGGAAGCUGCUGAUGCCCAUCAUGUGGUUGAUCCGUUUCUUUGCCAAAACUUACACUCUGACCCCCUACAAUGGAGCAGAAGCUCAUGUGUGGCUUUUCAAACAGAAGCCAGAAUACCUGGAUUCCCUUGUCAAAUACCACAGCUGUACUUCUGGGCUGGGGAAGAGCUAUGUGGAGGCCAGGAAGAUGGAUGUGGAUGAAGAGACUGCUGAGAAAUUUUACGAAAAGCUGCUGGAGCUGGAGAAGCAGACUCUAGAGAAAUACAAUGAUCUCCUGGAUUAAGAGAAUUGGGUCUCAGAGGGAUAAGUCUCGUAUCAGUAACAUGGGCUUUCUUCAUUCUGGUGCUACUCAUGGUGCCUGCUGCUCUGCAGGUACAUGGCUUCAGACCCUCUCUUCCCUCUCACCAGAAGGGCAGCACUUCCUGAAAUGGGAAAUGUGGAAACUGAAAAGAAAUACUUACUCUUUUUGAGAUAGGACUUUUUUCUUUCUUUCUGGAAUACAAAUGGAGACCUGCAGUAGGUGGAGACUGUCUUCCCACAGUUGCAAAGCAAAGUCUUGUGAAAGCAUGGCUGAUCUGUGCACAGUUCGGGAACAGCCUCAAAACAUGUGGUUUAAAUCUGGCUUAGUGCAUGAAGGGCAACAGUCAGGGUGCUGCCCUGUGCCUUGGCUCUACCAGUCUUUCUAGAUGGCUUGAAUGUGUUAACCUGUGGCUGGUCCUGAAGUACCUGAAGGCCCAUCUUCAGAAAAGCUGCUCCUCAUUUGUACACCGAAGCUGGGGCCAGCUCUCCAGCCGUGCUCAACAAGAUGGAACCUUACUGGCAGUCAGGCUCUGCACAGUGUCAGAAGCCAAGCUGCUGAAGCUGUGGCCUGAGAAGCACAGCCCUUGCCUCAGCUGUGGGGACAGAUGCCUUGAUGGCCCCUGGGUAUGGGGCCGUGUAUGCUGGAGUUGCAGCUGGCUGAAGGGACUGAAGCUGUGGAUGUUACCCUGGGCUCGGGGCCAGUCUGCUCCAUUUGUAGCAAGAGUGAAAUGCUACUGUGUUAUUUUAUCUAUUUAACUCUUUUUACAGAAAUCCACUGUACCAAUUAUUCUUUCUAUUGUCUGUCUGGGGAACUUCACUGGGUACCUGGUGUACUUCAAAUGCUGCACUGAAUAAAUGAUGGAACUAAA